CAGACCUAUCUCCCCCACAACAACAGACCUAUGAACCCACAACAACAGACCUAUGAACCCACAACAACAGACCUAUCUCCCCCACAACAACAGACCUAUCAACCCACAACAACAUACCUAUCUCCCCCACAACAACAAACCUAUCAACCCACAACAACAGACCUAUCAACCCACAACAACAGACCUAUCAACCCACAACAACAGACCUAUCUCCCCCACAACAACAGACCUAUCUCCCCCACAACAACAGACCUAUCUCCCCCACAACAACAAACCUAUCAACCCACAACAACAGACCUAUCAACCCACAACAACAGACCUAUCAACCCACAACAACAGACCUAUCAACCCACAACAACAGACCUAUCGCCCCCACAACAACAGACCUAUCUCCCCCACAACAACAGACCUAUCUCCCCAACAACAACAAACCUAUCAACCCACAACAACAGACCUAUCAACCCACAACAACAGAUCUAUCUCCCCACAACAACAGACCUAUCUCCCCCACAACAACAGACCUAUCUUCCCACAAUAGACCUAUCGUCCCCACAACAACAGACCUAUCAACCCACAACAACAGACCUAUCGUCCCCACAACAGACCUAUCAACCCACAAAAACAGAUCUAUCUCCCCACAACAACAGACCUAUCUCCCCCACAACAACAGACCUAUCUUCCCACAAUAGACCUAUCGUCCCCACAACAACAGACCUAUCAACCCACAACAACAGACCUAUCGUCCCCACAACAACAGACCUAUCGUCCCCACAACAGACCUAUCAACCCACAACAACAGACCUAUCUCCCCCACAACAACAGACCUAUCAACCCACAACAACAGACCUAUCAACCCACAACAACAUACCUAUCUCCCCCACAACAACAGACCUAUCGUCCCCACAACAACAGACCUAUCUCCCCCACAACAACAGACCUACCUCCCCCACAACAACAGACCUAUCGUCCCCACAACAACAGACCUAUCUCCCCCACAACAACAUACCUAUCUCCCCCACAACAACAUAUCUAUCAUCCCCACAACAACAGACCUAUCGUCCCCACAACAACAUAGCUAUCGUCCCCACAACAACAGACCUAUCAUCCCACAACAACAGACCUAUCAUCCCACAACAACAGACCUAUCUCCCCCACAACAACAGACCUAUGAACCCACAACAACAGACCUAUGAACCCACAACAACAGACCUAUCUCCCCCACAACAACAGACCUAUCUCCCCCACAACAACAAACCUAUCAACCCACAACAACAGACCUAUCAACCCACAACAACAGACCUAUCAACCCACAACAACAGACCUAUCUCCCCCACAACAACAGACCUAUCUCCCCCACAACAACAGACCUAUCAACCCACAACAACAUACCUCUCUCCCCCACAACAAUAGACCUAUCGACCCACAACAACAGACCUAUCGUCCCCACAACAACAGACCUAUCAACCUACAACAACAGACCUAUCAACCCACAACAACAGACCUAUUUUGACUGCAAACAUAUAUAUUACAGAUCAACUAUGAUUAGGUUUGCAAAAUUCUGGUAACUCCAGUCAGGACUUCUGGGAAUUUGGCGGAAGUUACUGGAAAUGAUCACCCUUACCUUUGAUGGCUAGAUUGAGUUGAUAUGCAUAAAUUAGUGUUACCACCAUUAUCCACCUGAAUCUGACCACUCCAGCACAGUAGGUUGCGUUCACAUUCUGCUUGUUCCCUCCUGAUUCCAGAAAUCUUCCAACUGGAAUGUCUGGAAAACCUGGGAAUCUUGGGGGAAAGUUACCGGAAUUUUGCAACCCAAACAGCAAGGUUUUGAUAUGCUGCCGAUAUGAGCUAUUAUUGUCACAGAGCCGAUGCAUUCCUUAGAUUGACUGUAAAUAAUAAACUGCAACGUAAUAAAAAAGAGAGAGAAGUUGUCUGUAUGCAGCCAUGUGAAUGGAAAAUAUGUCUGAGGGUGUUAUUACAAAUAUUGGUGGAAAAAAAUCAAUUCUUGUUCACAUGUGAUGAUCCAGUGAAGUAACUUGUAUUUGUUUUUAAAAGCAUUAAAUGAUUUCAAUA